CCCAACAAACCGGGGUCACCAUUGACCCUAAGGUCACAAUGGGUGCCCCCAUUGAAGCCUAUGGAGACACCACCACCCCUAUGGCUCCCAAUGGGACACCCCAAAGAGGUUAUGACAUCAUUGGUGUCACCCAUAGUGACGUCAUUAUGGGGGUGACUAACCCAUCCGGUGUCACCCAAAGCCAUAGGGACCCUAUGGGUUCCCCCAUUGAAGCCUAUGGAGAUGCCACCACCCCCAUAGCACCCAAUGGGACACCCCAAGGUGGUGAUGACGUCAUAGCGGGCACCCAUAGUGACGUCAUUAUGGGGGUGACCCACCCACCUGAUGUCACCAUGGACCCUAAAGCCACAAUGGGUGCCCCCAUUGAAGCCUAUGGAGAUGCCACCACCCCCAUAGCACCCAAUGGGACACCCCAAGGAGGUGAUGACGUCAUGGGUGUCACCCAUAGUGACGUCAUCAUGAGGGGUACCGACCCAUGUAGGGUCACCAUGGACCAUAGGGACCCUAUGGGUGCCCCCAUUGAAGCCUAUGGAGAUGCCACCACCCCCAUAGCGCCCAAUGGGACACCCCAAGGAGGUGAUGACGUCAUGGUGGGCACCCAUAGUGACGUCAUUAUGGGGGUCACUGACCAAUCCGGGGUCACCCAAAGCCAUAGGGACCCUAUAGGUGCCCCCAUUGAAGCCUAUGGAGAUGCCACCACCCCCAUAGCACCCAAUGGGACACCCCGAGGAAGUGAUGACGUCAUAGAGAGCACCCAUAGUGACGUCAUUAUGGGGGUGACCCAGCCAUCCGGUGUCACCAUGGACCAUAGGGACCCCAUUGGUGCCCCCAUUGAAGCCUAUGGAGAUGCCACCACCCCCAUAGCACCCAAUGGGACACCCCAAGGUGGUGAUGACGUCAUAGUGGGCACCCAUAGUGACGUCAUAAUGGGGGGGACCCACCCAUCCGGGGUCACCAUUGACCCUAAGGUCACAAUGGGUGCCCCCAUUGAAGCCUAUGGAGAUGCCACCACCCCCAUAGCACCCAAUGGGACACCCCAGGGAGGUGAUGACGUCAUGGGUGUCACCCAUAGUGACGUCAUCAUGAAGGGGACAGACUCAUGUGGGGUCACCAUGGACCAUAGGGACCCUAUAGGUGCCCCCAUUGAAGCCUAUGGAGAUGCCACCACCCCUAUAGCACCCAAUGGGACACCCCAAGGUGAUUAUGACGUCAUGGGUGUCACCCAUAGUGACGUCAUUAUGGGGGUGACCCACUCAUCCGGUGUCACCAGGGACCAUAGGGACCCUAUGGGUGCCCCCAUUGAAGCCUAUGGAGAUGCCACCACCCCCAUAGCACCCAACGGGACACCCCAAGGAGUUUAUGACGUCAUCGGUGUCACCCAUAGUGACGUCAUUAUGGGGGUGACUGACCAACCCGGGGUCACCCAAAGCCAUAGGGACCCUAUGGGUGUCCCCAUUGAAGCCUAUGGAGAUGCCACCACCCCCAUAGCACCCAAUGGGACACCCCGAGGUGGUGAUGACGUCAUAGUAGGCACCCAUAGUGACGUCAUUAUGGGGGUGACCCAACCAACUGGGGUCACCCAAAGCCAUAGGGACCCUAUGGGAGCCCCCAUUGAAGCCUAUGGAGAUGCCACCACCCCCAUAGCACCCAAUGGGACACCCCAAGGUGAUUAUGACGUCAUGGGUGUCACCCAUAGUGACGUCAUAAUGGGGGGGACCCACACAUCCGGGGUCACGGAAAGCAAUAGGGACCCUAUGGGUGCCCCCAUUGAAGCCUAUGGAGAUGCCACCACCCCCAUAGCACCCAAUGGGACACCCCAUGGAGGUGAUGACGUCAUGGGUGUCACCCAUAGUGACGUCAUUAUGAGUGGGACCCACCCAUCCGGGGUCACCAUGGACCAUAGGGACCCUAUGGGCGCCCCCAUUGAAGCCUAUGGAGAUGCCACCACCCCCAUAGCACCCAAUGGGACACCCCAUGGAGGUUAUGACGUCACACCAGGCACCCAUAGUGACGUCAUCAUGAGGGGGACAGACCCAUGUGGGGUCACCAUGGACCAUAGGGACCCUAUGGGUGCCCCCAUUGAAGCCUAUGGAGAUGCCACCACCCCCAUAGCACCCAAUGGGACACCCCAGGGAGGUGAUGACGUCAUGGGAGUCACCCAUAGUGACGUCAUAAUGGGGGUGACCCACCCAUCUAAGGUCACCAUGGACCCCAAAGUCACAAUGGGUGUCCCCAUUGAAGCCUAUGGAGAUGCCAUCACCCCUAUGUCACCCAAUGGGACACCCCAAGGAGGUUAUGACGUCAUGGGUGUCACCCAUAGUGACGUCAUUAUGAGGGGGACCCACCCAUCCGGGGUCACCACGGACCAUAGGGACCCUAUGGGUGCCCCCAUUGAAGCCUAUGGAGAUGCCACCACCCCCAUAGCAGCCUAUGGGACACCCCAGGGAGGUGAUGACGUCAUGGGUGUCACCCAUAGUGACGUCAUUAUGGGGGUGACCCACCCACCUGAUGUCACCAUGGACCAUAGGGACCCUAUGGGUGCCCCCAUUGAAGCCUAUGGAGAUGCCACCACCCCCAUAGCACCCAAUGGGACACCCCGAGGUGGUGAUGACGUCAUUGGUGUCACCCAUAGUGAUGUCAUAAUGGGAGGGACCCACCCAUCUGGGGUCACCCAAAGCCAUAGGGUCCCUAUGGGUGCCCCCACUGAAGCCUAUGGAGAUGCCACAACCCCUAUGGCACCCAAUGGGACACCCCAAAGAGGUGAUGACGUCAUGGGAGUCACCCAUAGUGACGUCAUUAUGGGGGUGACCCACCCACCUGAUGUCACCAUGGACCCCAAAGCAACAAUGGGUGCCCCCAUUGAAGCCUAUGGUGAAGCCACCACUCCCAUAGCACCCAAUGGGACACCCCAUGGAGGUGAUGACGUCAUGGGAGUCACCCAUAGUGACGUCAUUAUGGGGGUGACUGACCAAUCCGGGGUCACCCAAAGCCAUAAGGACCCUAUGGAUGCCCCCAUUGAAGCCUAUGGAGAAGCCACCACCCCUAUAGCACCCAAUGGGACACCCCAGGGAGGUUAUGACGUCAUUGGUGUCACCCAUAGUGACGUCAUUAUGGGGGGGACCCACUCAUCCGGUGUCACCCAAAGCCAUAGGGACCCUAUGGGUGCCCCCAUUGAAGCCUAUGGAGAUGCCACCACCCCCAUAGCACCCAAUGGGACACCCCAAGGAGGUUAUGACGUCAUGGGAGUCACCCAUAGUGACGUCAUAAUGGGGGUGACCCACCCAUCUGAGGUCACCCAAAGCAAUAGGGACCCUAUGGGUGCCCCCAUUGAAGCCUAUGGAGCCCCCCCCACCCCCGUGGGCCCCACCUCCAAGCCCCGCCCCCGUGAUGACGUCACCGCUCGGCCCUCCCAUGGGUGCGUGGUGAGGGUGGACGACGACCCCCCCCCUCCCCCUCCCCCCUCCCACGUGUUUCCGGUCACGUUGGGGCCACGUGGGGCUGCCCCUCCCCCCCUGAGGCCCCUCCCCCUCCUGCUGCUGCCCCUCCCCCUCCUGCUCCGCUGACGUCAUCGCUGUGACCCCUCCCCCACCCACUAUUGUGGCCUCCACAUGUAUGUUAUUAGCAUGUUAUUAGCAUGUUAUUAGCAUGUUCCAGUGCUGGUGGGGCCCACAAUAAAGCUCAAUGUGA